AGGGGCCAGUGGAGCAAAGUUCGGAGGCGGAGAGUCGUCACUCGUCAGCACAUAUCGGGACUACAUCUGCCGGACCGGAUUACAUAUUGUGUUGUUGAAGCACACGACAGAAUGCGAACAGUCAGAACUUACUCAAUUCCCUGGAUUUCUCUCACUUGGGCCACACUAUGGGCGUUCACAGCCGCCACACAAAAGAACACAGUGUCCUGACCUCAGUCUUUGUUUAUCUGCGCUAUUAAACUGCCACUAUUAACAAUUAGCACUGAAUUGGACUUACGUACCCGGCCUGAUGCCGCUGACGCACCCCCUGCGGUGGAGGGCCCAUCCAACAUCAACGCCCGGAUCCCCAUCCCUCCUUCGCGGUUCCAUCGGUAGGUUUCGAGUUGGGCGCGCCAGCUUCGUUCUAUCUUGUCGUCCUCAGCUGCGUGUGCUGCGCACGUCGGCCACUUCGUUUUCUCUGCGCCAUAAGAACUCCGCUAGAUCCCUCAUCCCUUUUAGCUCCGUCAAUACUUCCCCCGUUCCGCUCCCUUUAUUAAAAACCACCACCACCACCACUACUACAACGAAGGCACCUCUGCAUCUGAUGGCGACACAAACUAGAAGCCAUGGUGGUCACCACCAUCACCACCACCAUCAUCAUCACGGUAACGUGUAUCUGACCUCCACAAACAAACAUGAUGCGGGAGUUCGGAUCACGCGGAUCGGCCUGGUCGCCAACCUCGCCAUGGCAAUUGGAAAAUUUAUCGGAGGCUACGUCUUCCAUUCACAGGCCCUGAUCGCCGACGCCUACCACGCACUUACAGAUCUAGUCUCGGACUUCCUCACGCUGGGUACGGUCGCUUGGUCGCUCAAACCCCCUUCCGAAAGGUUCCCGAACGGCUAUGGAAAGAUUGAGAGCAUUGGCGCACUAGGCGUGAGCGGGUUAUUACUCUGUGGAGGCGUGUUUAUGGGCCUGAACUCCGGUCAGGUUCUGUUAGAUCAAUUCUACCCCGAGGCAGCAGGCGCAAUCUCUCACUUGGGACACGGCCAUUCACAUAGCCACGGAAUCGACGUUCUUGGCCCGAGUAUCCACGCGGCAUGGUUAGCUGCCGGGUCGAUAGUGGUGAAGGAAUGGCUCUAUCAUGCGACCAUGAAAGUCGCCAAUGAGCGCAAGUCGUCCGUCCUGGCUUCGAACGCAAUUCACCACCGCAUUGAUUCCCUGACCAGCAUCGUCGCUCUGUUUACCAUUGGCGGUACUUACCUAUUCCAAGAUGCCUCCUGGCUGGACCCCGUGGGUGGCCUCUUGAUCUCGUUGAUGGUCAUCAAAGCUGGAUGGGGAAAUACCUGCUCGUCGCUUCUGGAGCUGGCCGAUACUACCGUGGACGAUGACAUCAAGGAAUCGGUGCAGAAGGCUGCUUUCAAGGCGCUUGCGAACUUGAAGGACAGCAACGCGAUCAAGAUCCGCGACAUUCAGGGCAUGAAGUCCGGCCAGAAUUAUCUAAUGGAUAUCGAAUUGGCGGUGCCGGGCGCAUGGCCCAUCAGUCGGUCUCGGGAGAUUGAGGAACUUGUCCGAACAGGAAUCGGAGCAGGUGUCCGCGGCGUUAAGCGAGUCAAAGUGCGAUUCAUUCCCCUUGAGCACGAAGAAUUGAACUUCUCCGAAGAGUUCAUCCCUGCCGAAGUCACAUCCAAAGCGAACCCGGAACCGGAGGAUGGAGAUGCGGAGGCGCACGAGCAUGAGCACGAACACGAGCAUGAGCAUGAUGUUCGCAAGAGGCGUUAAAGAGGCAUUUUUGUUUUUGGUUUCCCUUUCUUUUGCUUAUUUAGCUUUGUAUCGAGCCUAUUGGAGCUCUUAAUUGUGCGAUUGCAUUGUUCGUGUCCCAUUUUGCCUCGAAGGAUCAUGUGAUACCCCAAGAAUACACCGGCUGGAGGGAACUUGGUUCGGUUCAUGUCUUGCUUUUGCUGUUGGUGACAGUUGGAUCAUGCGAAAGACGAGAAUCGCUGAAGAAACACGAAGACACUAGAGAAGGGUCAGCUAUGGCUGACAACCUAUGUAUGUACAUAUGUACACUGGCUGCAUAGAAUCAACAGACGUACUGCGGACACGAUCUCUCAUAGUUCUAGAAACGUACCCUCCAGUUUUCUCACGGCCAGCUAGUGGAAUGAGCGCCCUGUCUCGGUUUCUUUCCCCGAUUCAUCCUACAUGUAUUAGAUCGUAUCCAG